CCUAAAUUACCUGUUCCUCCAGUAGGCUACAUGUGUGUCUGUAUAGACUAAUCUAAUGCCCGUCAUUCAGUGUGGUACGAGAAUAGCCAGGCUACUUAAGACGCUGGGCUUCUGGAAAGGAAGUGACAGAUACUCGCUACACACAAUCGGGCAGAUUAGUCUUGAGGUCAGUAAUCUGGUUUCAGCACCAUGGAUAGAGACACUCGCGGCCAAACAGCGCGCGAUCAUUCAUUCGAGAUACACAUUUGGAUUUGUUUGAGAAGUUAUUUUUUAAUUGCCAAACACUGCUAAAACAACGUAUUUUCUAAUCUCGAUUGUGUAAAAUGUAGGCAUGGGAAGUUUUUGUACUUUUUUCUUGAAUUUCUACUCCUUGCUCACGUUGGGUUGAAUUGGGCUAAAAUAAUUACGAAAAGGAGGACCAGCAUAGGAGGUGGACCAGCAUAGGGGGUGGACCAGCGAGUUGAUAAAGGGAAGCAAGGUUUAAUGGUAUGUGAGUGAGAGGUUAAGGGCGGAGAGAGAAGGUGAUAGUGAAUAGGGCUGCGCGCUCAAGCGGGAGUGCGCGCGGACAGCAAAUCGGUCAGAGACUGGAGUCGCAAGGAUGGAGAUACGACCAGAUAGGUUUAAAAUCGUCGCGGGCCAGACCCUCGGAAAAUUACACAAAAUCCUAGAGAAGCGGCAGGAAAAUGGCGAGACCAUCGAGCUCACCGAUGAGGGCCAGGCAGUUAUCGUGGAGGAGAAGGAGAUGCCCGUGGUGGACUGCACCUGCUUCGGCCUGCCACGGCGCUAUAUCAUCGCCAUCCUUUCCGGCCUGGGCUUCUGCAUCUCUUUUGGCAUCCGAUGCAACUUGGGCGUGGCCAUCGUCAGCAUGGUCAACAACCAAACCAUCUACAAGGGCGACAAACCAAUCCUUGUGAAAGCUCAGUUCAACUGGGAACCAGAAACAGUUGGAAUGAUCCAUGGGUCAUUUUUCUGGGGAUACAUAGUAACCCAAAUACCCGGGGGAUUCAUCUGUCAAAAAUUUGCAGCCAACAGAGUCUUUGGCUUUGCCAUAGUGGCUACCUCAUGCCUGAAUAUGUUGAUCCCUUCGGCAGCACGAACUCACAUUGCCUGUGUUAUCCUUGUCAGGAUAUGUCAAGGACUCGUGGAGGGUGUUUCAUAUCCAGCGUGCCACGGUAUCUGGGCAAAAUGGGCCCCACCUCUUGAAAGAAGUCGAUUGGCCACGACAGCCUUUUGUGGGUCCUAUGCAGGAGCCGUGAUAGCCAUGCCACUGGCUGGAGUACUAGUCCAGUAUUCAGGGUGGUCAUCUGUUUUCUAUGUCUAUGGCAGCUUUGGGAUCUUCUGGUAUCUCUUUUGGAUCCUGGUGUCGUACGAGAGCCCGGCAGCCCACCCCACCAUCACAGAACAGGAGCGGAAAUACAUUGAGGAGGCUAUUGGAAUGUCAGCCGCUAACUCUACACCUGUUACGAAAUGGAACACGCCUUGGAGAGCCUUUUUCACUUCGAUGCCAGUCUACGCCAUCAUCGUGGCCAAUUUCUGUAGAAGCUGGACCUUCUACUUGCUCCUCAUCAGCCAACCUGCAUACUUUGAAGAAGUGUUUGGGUUUGAGAUCAGCAAGGUGGGCUUGGUGUCGGCUCUCCCCCAUCUGGUGAUGACCAUCAUCGUGCCGAUCGGUGGCCAGCUGGCUGACUACCUGCGCACAAACAAAAUCAUGAGCACCACCAACGUCCGGAAGAUGAUGAACUGCGGAGGUUUCGGAAUGGAAGCCACCCUGCUGCUAGUGGUCGGGUUUUCUCAUACGAAAGUUGUGGCUAUCACCUUUUUGGUUCUGGCUGUGGGCUUCAGUGGGUUCGCUAUUUCAGGCUUCAAUGUGAACCACCUGGACAUUGCUCCCCGCUAUGCCAGUAUCCUCAUGGGCAUCUCCAACGGGGUGGGCACUCUGUCUGGCAUGGUGUGCCCGCUCAUUGUUGGUGCCAUGACCAAACAUAAGACGCGGGAAGAGUGGCAGUAUGUGUUUCUCAUUGCUGCACUCGUUCAUUACGGGGGUGUUAUAUUCUACGGACUUUUUGCCUCCGGAGAAAAGCAGUGGUGGGCAGAGCCCGAGCAACUUAGCGAUGAGAAGUGUGGAAUUCUGGAUGAGGAUGAGCUGGCCAAUGAGACAGAGGAGUUGUACCGUACUAGCGGAGAAGGAGGCUACGGAGCAACGAUCCAAGCUCAGGAUCCCAACGGAGGAGGAGGAGGCGCAGGAACCUGGGUCUCGGACUGGGAUAAGACUGAGGAGUUAGUACAACCACCAGGAACCAAUAGCUACCUAUACGGAGGAGAGGAAGACAAGGAGCUAACAUAGAGGGACUUACAGGUAGGAGUUACAGAGUGGGGUAGCAGACAGAAAGAGUAGAUGGUUUCCUUUUGGCACAGGAACUUGGAAAGAGGUGGGGUGGGUGGUUGGGAUGAGGGUGAGGAGCGGAAGAAGGGGAGGACCAAAGUAUUAUUUACGGAGAACUGAAACAGAUUGUACAACAGCGGAAAGAGGAUGAGCCAUGUACUAAGUCUGUACAGUGCAUUCGGAAAGUAUUCAGACCCCGUGACUUUUUAACAUUUUGUUACGUUACAGCCUUAUUUUAAAAUGGAUGAAAUAGUUUUUCCCCCUCAUUAAUCUACACACAAUAACCCAU